AUCAAUGAUGAUGAGGAUAACUUGAGAAAAAUAAAUAGUAGAAAAGCAAUUGAUUGACCACCUUAAUCAAAAUCUAAUUCAUUUCUCUCAAUCCUCAUUUCACUCUUUCACUUUCCCCCUUGUCAACAAGAUUAUGUUAGUUAAUUAUUACUUAGUAGAUGUAUCAGAGUUAGAACAUAAUAAUUUGAAAAAUAUUAUACUCUAUAUUAUGUAUUAAUGGAUAUUUUAGGAUCAUAAUCUUUGAACCAUAUUAAAAAAAUGACCGUGUUUUAUUGACUUCAUGAUAUAAUAUGUUCGUUUAGAAUUAUAAUUAGAACUUUUCUUGUAAGUUUAAGGUAUAAUAAUGUUGGAUGUACGGGUAUGGGUAUUACCCAUGGGUACCCGAAACCCACGGGUAUGGGGAUGGGUUUGCAAAACAUUCCCCCGCAUGGGUAUGGGGCGGGUAUGGGUUUGGGUAUUUGAAGAUGGGUAUGGGGAUGGUUUAAGCAAACCCGCCCCAAACCCGCCCCAUUGCCAUCCCUAUAUGCCAGUGUGCCGGUUUAGCAAGUGGAAUGGUUCGACCGGUGGCACAUAUACCAGUUUGUGCCGGUUCAUGCCGGUCAAUAUUACAAAUAAAAUUAUAAAUCCUCAUAUUUAAACAUGACAUUUAAUGUCAAUACCUAAAUAUUUAUACUUGAAUCCAACAAAUAACAUCAAUAUUUAACUUUUAUACUCAUAAAAUAAAUAAUGAAAUAAUUUUUAUCAAUUAAAUUCGCUAAAAUAAGGUCAUUUUACUUAGAGAUUCGUAUAUUGAUCAUGCCGGUCAUACCGGUAGUGUCACGCCGAUUUUAUGACCGGUAUCGGUUGAACCUAGCACAAGCGGUGGCACGCCGGCCAGCGUGACAACCAUGGCGAUAUGCGGUCUUUGGUUUUGGCAAUGGCACGCGACAGUUGGCUGGGUCACCUGAGUCGACCGGCUGGUUAAAUUGGUUGAGUUGUAACUUGUAAGGCUAAGUAUUUUGUAUUUUUUUCCCCCAAGCAAUGACAGGGUAAAAGAUAGUAAGAAACCUCUACUUGAAACCCCCAAGGCAAUACUUAGUGAAGUCAUUCUACAAAAUAAAAAGAAUCUAACUCUAAUGAGGACAGCAACAGGGCAUUACGUACCAUGAGCAAACCAAUCGACCAUCACGAGCCCAUUUGAGUUGGCGAUAGGGCAUCAACAGUUGACGCCUACCACAGUAGCAAUAGGCUAUAGAGGGAAGAGUCCAACAACCUACAAGUUUGCAAAAGACUGGCACGAGAAGAUGAAAAUGAUCAAAGUCUUAAUUAGCCCAAGCUAGUAAGAAGAUGAAGAAGUGGGCCAACAAGAAGAGGCGUCAAUGGGAGUUCGAAGAGGGAGACAUGAUGAUGGUGAAGUUCUACCAUCAUCACUUCAAGCAUUUUAAGAACAUGCACAAUGAACUGUUUCGCACCUAUGAAGGGGUCAUUCCAUAUCCUGGGGAGGGUUGGCAAGGUGGCGUACAAGGUGGAGUCGCAUUUGGAGAUCCAACAGGUCUUUCAUGUGAGUCAACUCAAGACUUUCAAUGAAGACAAGGAGGAUGAGCAGCGGAGGCAGACACAUCAGGCACCAACACCCGUCACCAAGACGCAUGAGCAUUCAGUCGAGGAGAUCAUGGCCCAUCGUGUCAUUCAUCAUGGUGGUGUCCAUCUGAGUCAUGUGGAGUACUUGGUCAAGUGAUGGAACCUUACAGAGAGCGAGGCUAGUUGGGAGAAUGAGCUCACGCUAUGGAAGGACAAAGAUUUGAUGGAGGGUUUCCAUCAUGAGGACAAGAUGGGGGCAUCGCGAGUAUAGGUGGGGGAGAAUGUCACAUGUGGAAGAUGACAUAGCGAGGGCAUGACGACAAUAUGGCGAUUUGCACAUGUGGUGUGCAUGGAAGUCUGGAGUAUAGAGAUGCCUCUAGCAUUCUUCACCAUAAUGGGGCACUUAUGAACCACAUUGUGGGUGGCAUUAUGAGGUGCAUUAUGAGGGGACUUAAUGAGUGUAGUAAUGGAGAGGGACCGUUAUGAGGGGGCAUUGAUGCCUUAUAUGAGGAGAUGUCUAUAUAAGGAGCCAACUCCUUCACAUGUAACUCAGUCCAUCAUUUUCUAGAGUAAACCCUUAAGAGAGUUCUUUCCACUUCCUUUGUCUUUCCUUCUUAGUGAGAUUGUGAGUUGUGAGAAAGCUACUUAGCAUUUUUAAUAGAGUUGAGAGCUAAGGUCGCACGACACACAAGUAGGGGCAUGACAGUAUACGCGAGUUCAUGGAUACCCAUGGGUUCUUAUGGACAAACAUACAUAGCACCAAUCUCCUGUCAAAAUUAAAUCUUGACACCAAUUUAUCCAUAAAAAUUUACCAUACAAAAAAACAUCAAUCUUAGUGCAAACCCACAAAUUAUCCAUACAAAUUGUUCAAUAUUAAAGAUUAACAUCCACAAACAACACGGAUAAUUGACAGGUUGUAGGCGGAUAUCUAUGGGUUGGGUAAACCUAAACUCGAACCUACCCGUUGAACAGUGCAACGGGUUUCAACCCGAACCCGGUCCGCAAUUUAUCAAUGCGAAUUUUACCCAUUUUGACCAGAUUGGAUCGGGUAGGAUACCAGUGGAUCCAGAUUUUGCUGCCAUCCUUAGGUGUUGGUACUUAAAUUGAGAGAUGUUGUUGUUUAAGGUGGUGGACUAGUGGUUAUGAGCUUGAGGUGGUUGGAAAGUAAGUUGGUAAGAGUCCCUAAUUUUUUUUACCAAACGAAUCAUCCUCAUACUUAUUAGGUCCGGGAUUAGCCAUAAAUUAGAGUAAAAGUGUAAGGCUAAAAGAAAAUCUUUGGUGCGUUUACUAAUUGAGACAAGAUUGAAAGAAAAGCUAGGUACUAGAAGGACAUUAUAAGAACAGUCUGAAAGGAAAUCUUAUUGUUCAUACAUGUAUGACAAGAAUCCUAGCGCCAUUAGGGAGAUGAACAUAAGUAUUUUGAAAUUUUUUAUGACACAAAAGAUAUGGUUUGAGGCCCUGUAUCUAGAAUCCAAUAACUAACCAGGUUUGUAUUGUGUAGUUCACAAUAAGUACUAAGUAGACAAGACAUAUUUACGUGAGUAAAUUGGGAAUGAUGUAGAGACUAAGACACAAAGUAUGCAUUGUGUGCAAUGGAAAAGUGAAAGAGUACAAACAAAUGACACUCCACGCUCAUCGGGCGGGCACAAAACUUGUAAUAAAAGGUUACGUUUGUA